UAAAAUUGCAAUACUAUCUCCAUAUGGAACAUUCAUUCAGCUUUCCAAUGAUGCAAGCAGAAUAAAUUUCCGUGUCACAACUUUCAUUCAAUUAGGUAAAGAAUAUAAGAGGUGGCACUGGAAAAGUUGGUGCCAUGAUGCAAUGACAGCUAGUCAUCACUUACAGUGAGGAGAUGACCUCCUGCAUGCAUUAGCUGUCAUCACAUCAUGGCACCAACUUUUGCAGCGCCACCUUUUAAUGGAGUGCUUUGGAUUUCUUCACAUAGGAACAUACAAGGAGGCAAGAGAGAACAUCCACAAUGUAGAAUUGUUGACUGAUUGGAGUGAUGUUGGUGUUUCUUCUGCUAGAAAGAGAAAAGUGAAACCCCCUGACAGAUACGGGCCACAACUAAGAGGUGGAGAGCAGAAGCACAGUACUUUUAAAAGGAAUUUUCUGAAAAAGAAGCAGAGGUUUGAAUAUUCUCCAAAGACAUCAGAUGACUUUACCUGUGAAAGUUCACUACCAGAUUCUACUUCAGAAGAGUCAGUUGAAGAAAUGCCACAAAAACUAAUAGGAAUGAAGAAGCAGCAAAUAUAUAGUACAACUUUCCCUCCACACCAUAUUUCUAAGUUCCCACAAGGCAAUGAUGAAGAUAUGGAUGCUGCAUCAAGUCAGGGCCAACUUAAUUUCUCAUCAUCUUCUGCUGACAAUGGUGUUGCCACUGGUGCUCAGUUUAGUAGACCAUCUAUCCCUGAGUCCUAUGAAAAUGGUAUUCUGUUGAAGAAAAUCCUCCAUAUACUGGUGGAGGUAAGGGCAGAGGUCAAAGAGCAGGGUAAAAACCUCAAUGCCAUUUGGACCAGCUUGGCUUCUGGGACUCAACUGCCACAAAGGGAUUUCAUGACAAGACUCAAAGAUGUGUCACUUCCUCUCUCCAGCAUUGAGGAAUUGGAGAGACUUGUAACUUCAUUUGUAACAAAGGAGGAAGAAAGGAAUGCUUUGGUGAUGUACUUGGCCCAAUUUGGGGGCAACACUGUCAAGGACACUGCCUACAGCAUCAUGCGAGCCUUAUUACUGAAUGCCCUGGCAGCCAAGUAUAGCUUCCAAGGUGCAAAAGGGAAGAAGUCUUUCAAGGAGACAGGGCUUCCUCAGAUUAUUUUCCAAGCAGUGUGCAGAAACCAGAAGCUUGGAGGGGCCAUUCAAAUCAAAGAAGUGAAUGCCAUUGUUGGUGAAUGGUUGAGGUAUGCCAGUGCUCGGAUGCGCUCAGGUGGGAAGAAGAUUGAAGAAUGGAAACCAAUGGAUGAUGACAUCAAACCUCAC